GGAACUUUAUUUGUCACCACUUUUGAAAGAUUUACGAUGCACCAUCAGUAAUGGCUCUUAAUUCUUCGUAUAUAUGUGACCAAGAGCCUGAUCUAGUGGAGGCCUACACAAAUUUUGCAUCCAUGUUGGUUCGGGGCUCUUCUAAGGAAGUACUUACUGCAUGUGGUUCCCUUCUUGAAGUGUCCUUCCAAAAGGCAGCUAUAUGUUCCACUGCUAUGCAUCGUGGGGCAGCACUAGCAGCCAUGUCAUAUUUGUCUUGUUUCUUGGAUGCGGGCCUGGCCUCUUUGUUGGGGCGUGCAACUUGUAUUCCUGAAGGAUCAUUCAGUGCCAUGGCAAUUCAGGUAAUAUCUCAUAGUGGCGAGGGACUUGUAUCGAAUGUGGUGUAUGCUUUACUUGGCGUUUCAGCAAUGUCACAGGUUCACAAAUGUACGACAAUCUUGCAACAAUUGGCAGCAAUUUGCAGUAUAAGUGAGAGAAUAACCUGGAACGCUAAUCUUUGUUGGGAAUCUUUGCGUGGAUGGCUACACUCAGCGGUGCAUGGACUUCCAGUUGAAUAUCUAAACCAUGGGGAAGCAGAAUCUCUAGUGCCGGUUUGGUUGAAAGCUCUUGCUGGUGCAGCCUCAGACUAUCUUGAGAGCAAAAGCUGUGAUGGGGGAAGAAGUAGUUAUGGGCAUAUGCAAGGGAUAGGGGGAAGAGUUCUAAAGCGUCUAGUCCGCGAGUUUGCUGAUUGUCACCGUAAUGUCCCAAAUUUGACUUGACUGCAGCAAAACAAUUCUGCUAUGUUGUAUAGAGCUGAUCCAGUCAGCUUCAAGAGCUAACCGAGCCUUCUUCCAGUGGCUGACAGCACCUGUAACAUUUGUAAAUUGAUGGCUUGCUCUAAAGGUUGGUCAGUUAAUCUUGGGCCUAUUAUUUGAGCGAUGUCCCCACAUAUAUAUAUUCUGAUGAUUCUUCUGUAGUCUUGUACAGUAUCAUGUCCCCAAUUUUGUCAUAUCCCCGGAGGAGAAUAGAAUUUAUUCUGUUCCAUUUUAUUUUAUUUAAUUAUUUAUUUAUUUUCAGCACGGAUCAGAUCCCUAUGUCAAAAGAUGAGGAUACAGACGGUUGAAAAGUGAUGAUAUUUAUUGUUCUAA